UCAACUGUCAGUAUCAGAGAGCAUUCAAUUCACAUUAAAUUAAUUUUCAAAGCAAAUAUCUCUUGCAAAUAUCUCUCUCUUAGUUUGUUCUCUACUAAAGCUCUACCAAACAGCACUAGGACAACGAUGGCUUCUACCUCCAGGCGUGCUGCUGGUAAUGGUUGGGUCAAGCUACAGCUGGAGACAUGUGUGCAGCCAGAGGUGGAUCCUCAACCAUCGAAUUUCGGCCAGUACACCAAUAAGAUGCAUUUCUUAAGCAAAAAUAUUCUAAAUGAGUUGUGCGAGAAGGACUUCGCUGUGGAUUUUUUGGGCCCCGUAGACUUGGAAUUGAUUGACGCAGAGGAAUAUUACGAGACCGUGGCUAAGCCCAUGGACUUGGGCACCAUUAUGCAGCGAUUGAACAAUAAGUUCUACCAUCAUGUGGGGGAGGCUGUGUCCGACUUUAUGCUGAUCAUUCACAAUUGCUUCCAGUACAAUCGAUCUGGGAGCAUAGUCCAUGAGCGUGGCCAGUUCUUGGAGAAGUAUUUCAUGAAGCGAAUUAUGGACAUUCCCAAGGGAAUCGAGUAUCCGUACGGUCAGGUGAGCAAGACGAUGAGAAGGACGCGCACGGUGCCGGCCCCCUCCAUGGGCCCGCCCCCCCCACGCUCACGGAUCAUGACGAGACAGACGGCACAGCUCCAGCUGCAGCCUGAGCUUCCGGCCAGCUGGGAGAAUCCUCCGACUCUUGUGCAGCCGGACGUGGGGCCAGAGCCCAUGAAUUUGGGCAAGCACACAAACAAGUUGGAUUUCUUUGAGAGAUUCGUACUUGAAGAGGCGUGCAGGAGGGAUUUCUGCUCGGAGUUCAUGCAACCAGUGGACACGGUGCUGCUUGGUGUGCCACAAUACUACACGAUCAUCACGAAGCCAAUGGACAUACGCACCAUGAGGCAACGCAUGUGCAACAGCUACUACCACCAUAUGGGCGAGGCAGUGUCCGACUUCAUGCUGAUCAUUCACAAUUGCUUCAAGUAUAAUCAGCCUGGCGAUGAUGUCUACAAGAAUGGCCAGUUGUUGGAUGAUUUUUUCUGGAAGCAAUUGCAGCUAAUACCCACCGGUCCAGAGACUCCAAGUGGACGAUGAAUUCUCAACAAUUUUGUCUAAACAUUGUCUGAAUAUUGUGGAAU